AGCCUAAAAAGGCACGGUUCAGUUCUCCAGAGCUUGAGGGGCUUCCACCUCCCGAGCUCGAGAAGCAUCUGUCUCUUUUUGCUGUUGUGAGCGAUAAUCCCAUACCCACGGCUCAAGGUGAUUCUCUUGGUAUGGGGUGGAUCCCUGAGUUGACUCUGCUCAAA